GGAGGAUGGCAGUGGAGAGAGAAGAGGCCAGACAGAGGAGAGGGGAGAGACCGUAGCAGAGGAGGCAGUAGAGGAGAGGGAAGGGAGAGCCAACUGCACAAGGCAAGGCACGCAGCCACGCACUGCUGCUGCUGCUUGCGCACCCCACCUCCUCGCUGUUCUACUGCUGCUCUACUCUGGCAUCGCGUCGCGCGCACAGCCCAAGCAAAGGCUCCCAUCAAAGAAGCGCCACCAAGAAGAAAUCCCCGGCACGCCGGGGUGCUCCAGAUCUCGCCGAGCGGGGCGCGCGAUUAUGUGGGAUUAGGUAGAUGAGGGCGGCGCUGUUCGGUGCCGAGAGGAGCGGGGUAGCGGACCUCGCCGGCAUCGGCGGCAACAAGGAGCUGUUUUGGCCGGCGGGCAAGGGGCUGGUGGUGGAGCCGAGGUCCGUGCUGGACUGCACGCGCAGCCCGAGCCCGCGCAAUUCCACGUCGACGCUGUCGUCGUCCCAGGGGGGCGGCGGCGGCGGUGCGGGCUCGACCGGUGUGGCGGCGGUUUCGGAGAGCAGCGCGGCCGCCGCCGAAGCCACCAAAUGGGGUGCCCCUGGCGAGCAUGGGGGCGGCGGCGGUGGGAAGGAGGACUGGAGCGGCGGGUGUGAGCUGCCUCCGAUACCGGGAACCCUGGAUGUGGGGCUCGUCGGAGGCGAGGGCUGGGAUGCCAUGCUCAGCAACACCGCCGCUGCCGGGCAGGACCAGUCGUUCUUGAACUGGAUCAUUGGGGCCGCCGGCGACCUGGAGCAGCCCGGGCCGCCGCUUAUUGACAAUGCGGGAUUCGGGAUCCCGGCCGUGGACCCGUUGGGCUUCUCUCUCGACCACCCCCUCAGCGGCGUCGCCUCCAACCUGUCAUCCUCCGGUGCGCACACUGCUACCGGCGGCGGCGGCAAGGCUUCCCUAGGGUUCGGUCUAUUCCCGCCGGAGGCCACCUCUCUGGAGCAGCCGCCGCACCCGAUGCUGUUCCACGAAGGCAUCGACACGAAGCCCUCUCUUCUGGGCGGGCAGCCGCCGGGCCUCCUCAACCAAUAUCACCACCAGCCGCCGAAUCCCGCCGCGACCUUCUUCAUGCCUCUCCCAUCCUUCCCCGAACACAAUCACCAAUCACCACUCCUCCAGCCACCGCCCAAACGCCACCACGCCAUGCCAGAUGACCUCUACCUCGCCCGUAACCAGCUACCGGCGGCGGCGCAAGGUCUCCCCUUUUCACCACUACAUGCCUCGGUUCCGUUCCAGCUCCAGCGCUCGCCGCAACCGCCUCGCGGGGCGAUGAAGACAACUGCCGCCGAGGCGGCGCAGCAGCAGUUGCUGGACGAACUGGCAGCGGCGGCAAAGGCGACCGAGGCUGGUAAUUCCGUCGGCGCGCGAGAGAUAUUGGCGCGGCUCAAUCAACAGCUCCCCCCUCUUGGGAAGCCCUUCCUCCGCUCCGCCUCCUACUUCAGGGAGGCCCUCCUCCUCGCACUCGCUGACGGUCACCAUGGCGCCUCCAGCGUCACCUCGCCGCUCGACGUCGCCCUCAAGCUUGCAGCCUACAAGUCGUUCUCCGACCUGUCGCCCGUGCUCCAGUUUGCAAACUUUACGGCAACCCAGGCGCUUCUGGAUGAAAUUGGUGGCACCGCAACUUCCUGCAUCCAUGUCAUUGACUUUGAUCUCGGUGUUGGUGGUCAGUGGGCUUCCUUCCUGCAGGAGCUUGCACACCGCCGUGGUGCUGGAGGUGUGACCCUGCCAUUGUUGAAGCUCACAGCUUUCGUGUCGACUGCUUCCCACCAUCCACUGGAGCUGCAUCUUACCCAGGAUAACCUUUCGCAGUUCGCCGCAGACCUUGGAAUUCCGUUUGAGUUCAAUGCUGUCAGUCUUGAUGCAUUCAAUCCUACGGAGCUUAUUUCGUCUACUGGUGAUGAAGUUGUAGCUGUUAGCCUCCCUGUUGGUUGCUCUGCUCGUUCACCACCGCUGCCAGCAAUCCUUCGUUUGGUGAAACAGCUUAAUCCGAAGAUUGUGGUGGCUAUUGACCAUGGAGCUGAUCGAGCAGACCUUUCAUUCUCACAGCACUUCCUGAAUUGUUUCCAGUCUUGCGUGUUCCUCCUUGACUCGCUUGAUGCUGCUGGUAUUGAUUCCGAUUCUGCCUGCAAGAUUGAGAGGUUCCUGAUUCAGCCUAGAGUUCAUGAUACAGUGCUUGGGCGGCACAAGGGACACAAAGCAAUGGCAUGGAGGAGUGUUUUUGCAGCAGCUGGGUUUAAGCCUGUUCCACCAAGCAACCUCGCCGAGGCACAGGCAGACUGCCUCCUUAAGCGGGUGCAGGUCCGAGGAUUCCAUGUGGAGAAACGGGGAGCUGCUCUCAUGCUCUACUGGCAGCGUGGGGAGCUUGUCUCCAUUUCAUCGUGGCGGUGCUGAUCAGCCAUAAGCUUCACUACAUCAAGGUUCCACCAUCGCUUGCAAGCAUUCUCAACUCCAGUAAUGUGCAUUUUAUCUUGCAAUUAAAUGUUGCAGUGGAAAUUGUUGUUUUGAGUUGUUGAACACCACGUAUUGCUUUUGAUCGCAGCUUAUUAGCUAGGCCUACUGGAUUUAGCAAUAUUGGUGUCAAUCUCUGUAGUUAAUGUUGCUGCUUUAGGUUCUUACCAUGCUCUGCUCUAUUAGCCAUUAUCAUCUCAUUUGAAACACUGCUGAUGAGUAGAGAGGAUAAUUUGACCUAUCAAUUAGUUCUGUGGUACAGAAUUAAUAUUUGCUUGCUGUUGCUCUGUUA